AUGGCAUUGAACGAGAUUUCUUCUCCCUGUCACCAAGGCUUGACGCCUCCAGAUAGCCCAAUGGAGGGGACAGCUACGUCUCAGACGAUCGUGGAGGAUCUGCAGCAUCUCUUUGGUGUGUUUCUUGAGACGGCGCUGCUCGAACUUACAAGCGGAGAACCUCCAAACACUCCUGUCUCCCAGGACCAGUCUCCAUACGGCCCCGACAUGGUUCGACUGAAGAAGUUGCUGGUGAAGCUCACUCGCGAUGAAUGUGCUUCAGCUGAACUGUCCGUGGCAGCUAAGCCUACUCAGGCUUGUCUAGCAAGCAGUGAAAAGAAGGAGGGUGUCCGGGUCGCAAAUGAAACUGAUCUCGACAGUCCGAUCUGUACUACCCCGGAUGAUUUCAAAUCGUUCGAAAAGUGGGCCUCGACACCCCAUUUCAAGACUGUUCUGGAAACUUGGGACAAAGAAGCAUGCAAAUACAAGAUAGCAGAGCCGGUGGAGACCAGCAGUGGCUUGGACGACUAUGCUGAAUAUGCAUUCGUUGUCCGUGAACGUGUCGAACGGAAUUCAGAGGAGGUGACGCACUACAUAGACAUCAAAUUGGAAGGCCUACGCGACAUCCUGCGUGUGGUACUGCACCACAUCAAAGCUAUUAGCUUGAUGGAGGACAAGCCAUCGAGCUCGACAGAUGUGUGGAGAACGUGGACAACAGCUCGGACCAUGACUCGGCAACAUGCGGAGCAUCUCCGCCUGCUCAUCGACCACCUCAAGCAAGCAUAUGCUUCUAUCUCGCAGCGUCUCGAAUCAAUGUUGCGGCACGGUCAUAUUACUUAUGACCUUCUUUGGGCGCUUUUCAAGCCUGGUUGCCAUGCUUAUACCACAUGCAUUGGCACAAAAGAGCCACGAUGUGUCAGAUUCGACGCGGGGGGAGAGAUGACACAAAAUGACGAGACGUGGUGGAAUCUCGAGUGCUGA